UUACUCUUGAAAUUGAAUGGUGCGGAACUUGAUAUCAGUUGGUAUUCUCAUUUUAUUCACGUGAGGCAACACAUUUGCCGUACAAAUUACUAAUUGCACCGUGCAAUCAAUGUUGAUUGCAAGUGAAGCGGUCAAUUCUUGAAAUUACUCGGCUUUUUAUCGCUCUCAAUAUCAAUCUUGUUAUUUCUCUUCUUCUUUUUUUAUUUUGGAAUCGUUUUAAUUUUUCAUUUCAUAAUUCCUUCGCCUCACACAAUAUUCGAAAUAGUAUGCUUGUGUGUUAGUGUGAAAGCAAAGGCAUACAUACACACACGCGCACAUAGUUGUGACAUUUUACGUUUAUCGUCCAGUGUGUCAGUGUGCAUACGCGUUGUUUUGACGUUUCGACUAAAGUUUUUUUUUUCUUCGGUCUUUUUCAAUAUAUUUUGAAUGAAAAAAAAAUAAUUUUGAGAUUAAAAUUUCACAAUUUUUUCGAAAUGGAAUCGUAAAAUGUACGAUUGAUUUGCAUAGUGCAUGUGUUAAUUGUCUGAAUUAAAUUAGUUUAAGGUGAAAACGACCAUGGAGAAACGUGUACUGGCCGAUCUCAUUUCAGUCACAACAAAAUCAAGCGAUAAAGCCACCAUAUUCAAGGCUUUGGUUAAGCUUCGAGCGGAAUUGGUUAAAGAUAAGCAUGGCAUCGAAAUGUUCUAUGCUGCUGGUGGUAUUUCACCAGUGGUACGUUUGCUAAGCAAACCGUAUGAAAAAAUUCUCGAGGUUGCGCUCAGUAUUUUGGGAAAUUGUUGUACACAGAAAAUGUGCUGCAAACAGGCCAUUUCAAAUGGGAUUGUGCCACCGUUGUUGACAAUCCUGAAGAGCAUUCCGAAUCCGAAAGUACAAUGUCGAGUUUGUCGUUUGCUUGGUAAUUUGGCCAGAGAAUCCAAUGAAAAAUUAUGCACAUUGGCCAAAGGCAUUGGUGUGGUGGUUGCUUCCGUGCUAGAAGACACCAAAGAUGUCGCAACGAUGGGCAUGGCCGUAAGAGCCACACGUUUGCUGUGGAACGAAAUGCCAUUCAACGAUGAAUUCGUUCGAUCGGAUGGCGUGGAAAAAAUUCUUGGCAUUUUGAUUGAAUACACAAUUGUUGAACAGAAAAAACCCUCACCCAAAUCUAUCGUCGAAGAGAAUCCGUACGAACGAGGACGCGUCGAAUUCAUGGAAACACACAUUCAAGCCAUGGAAACGAUUGACAGUCGCGUGUUUGAUCAUGAAAUUUUGAAAAAAAGCAGACCAGUCGACGAUGAUGCAUUUCAUGUUCCCGACGAUCCCGAGCAAUACAAUCUCGUGAUGGAAAUACUGAAGUGUCUGGAAACUGUGACCAGUGUACACUCAAGCGUGCAAAUCAUUUAUAAUUUCCUGCAUGUUCAGCACAGUGGAAGUUGCAUCACAUUCUUUGCACGUGGUGACAGUCCAUACCGUACGCAUUCCUUGAAAAUCCAAUCGAAUUUGGCCAAAUCAAGUGGACAAAAAAUAUUGAAUGAAGCUGAUGCAAUGACAACGGUUUGUAAGCUAGUGACAGCCACCGAUUUGAAUAAAGCACUCAGUGUUGCUGAAGAACGUUACUGCAUUUGUGUGAUAUGCCUGCUUGCCGACGACUCAUGCAAUCGCGCUAAGGUUCGAAAAAGUGGGGCUUUCAAGCAUCUUUUGCAGGUGGCAAAAGACACAGAUAACGACCCACUCUUGACAAUGAUUUUGAUUGGUAUAAAAAAUUUCCGUUAUGAUAAUAUGGGCAUGGAUUUAAUGAUUCAUAUGGGCCUAUUGAAUGUACUGGUCAAUCGUUUGGAAUCAAGUAUCAAAGAUCUAAAGGAAACUCACAAUACGGAUAAGCAGAAAGGCAGAGAAGCAGCAAGAGCACGGGAUGACGAUGAAGAUAUUGAAUUGAUCUUUCGAAAGCGUAUCAAAAUGGAUUUCAGUCCUCCCCGUUAUAUACCUCGAGACAUUGAUUCGCCAACGGCUUCAACCAGUAGUGGUUCGAUUUAUCAAUCGCCCAGCAAUAGCCCAUCGAGUUCCUCAAGCCCAUCACCACGCAGUUUGUCGCCAGCAAAUCAAGUGGGUGAUGCUUAUGAUGACAUCGAUGAUUAUUCGCCAGUGGUUAGCGAUAUCGAAGAUCAAAACGAUGAUGAGGCGGACUCAAAGGUGAAAGCAAAGCGAAAAGAUGACUUGGACAAAGAUAAUAACGAUAUCCUGCAGAGAAUCUUGAAUGAGCAAUCGACAUCGAAGUGUGAACUCGAACAGGGGAAUGUUUCCGAUCAGGGUGAACACGACGAAGCUGAUGAGGCAAAAGAAAAAAAGGGAAAAUCACCAAACCAAUCCGACAUUUCGGAGAAGAAAAAGACAAUCAAUUUGGUAUUGAGGAUUUUAUGCAGCGCAUCUUAUCGAUUGAGACAUCUUUCUAUCAACGAAUUAUGCAAGCCAGAAGUCUUAGAUACUCUGAUUAAAACGUGCCGUCUUACAUACAAACGUCAUUCGCCAGAAGCAGCUUGGGAUUCAUACGGUGCACCAAUGGUUUUGUCACACAUUAUUGAGGCGAAAAACUUUGUGUCGUUGCUCAAAACCAACUUUAUUUUCAAAGUGUACGAUAUGGCAAAUCCCGUGAAUGAGCAUCGAAACUGUGCUCUUUGCUCAGACUUGAAAUUCGUGGGUGAAGGCCUGAUGAAAUUGUUGAAUGAAACGGCUGAGAAUGGUUACGGACGUGGCGAAAUGGCGCAUUUUUUAUUGAAAAACGAUAAAGAAAUGCACAAGCAGGUGUCGGUGAUUUCGGCAAUGAUAAUUCGUGAUAAAAAGGUGUUGCAAACACUUCUGAUCAAACACGGUGGUCUGUAUACGAUAAUCGAAUUGAUCUUAACGAAAAAUGAGAAGCUCACAAAUGAGGCAGCCACUGGGCUCACAGCGCUGGCCAGAACGCUUGACAUUGCCAUGGCAAAAUGUGAUUCAAGCCGAAUUUCCAAACUUGAAACCGUUGUGGGCGGUGAUGGUUUCAGUGAUGCCCAGAAUUGGGAAGAAGAUGAGGAUCUGAUUUCGUUUGUUAGCGGUGAACAAACGGACGAAAGUAAUGAAACAAAUACAGCUAAAUUCAGCGAGAUAAUUUUAACCGAAAACAGUGAUGUGUUCAACCGAAUGUUCAACUCUGAUUUCCAAGAGUCAAAGAACAAACAGGUCUUUUUGAAGAACCAAUCGAUCGGUGGCAUUCGGUAUUUCUUGGAUUGCAUCAGACAGCAUGCAUUGGGAAAAGCGUUACGCAGUCCAGUUCUUCGAAAUACCACCGAAAGUGAUGAUGCUAUUUAUACCACAACAACUACAUUGAAGGCUGCCCUUGAAGCGUACGACAUGUGCCAAAUCUACUUACUGCCCGAGUUGGAGAAAGACAUUCUCAACAUGAUCAUUUAUUUAUUAAGCGCCGACAAUAUUCUCGAGCUAUUCAUAUUCUCCAUGCAAAAUCACAAACAAGAACUCACCGAAAUGGCCAUCAAUUUCUUUUUAACAUCGAAUUUACCGGCCGAGGAAAAGGUCAAAGUGUUCCGGGCUGCUUACGACUGUGAAUAUUUCAAGGAAUGGAAUGACUUAAUUUUAGAUACCAUUACUUAUACCUGUCAAAAUCAUUAAAAUUCAUUUAGUUUCGCUUAUCCGUGUCACAUGCGCUAUGAAAAGUGUUUUCUUAGCGAGUAAAAUGCAAUAAAUAAAUAAAAUCAACUGAAAAAUGCAACAUUUACAUUGCAGAAUA